AUGCUCGGUUCUCACGACGAAAACAAUCACUCAAAUGAGAAAAACAAUGGAAAAAAGAACUUUAUCAUUUACAAAGGUCUGAUCUAUACGUGUGCAUCAAGUAUUUUCACGUGUUUUACAUCUGUUAUUGCGAAAUUCAUCAAAGAAAUCAAUCCUAGUGAAUUGUCCUCUAUAAAAUUUUUAUCAUCGUUGAUUUUCAGUCUUCCAUUGAUAAUUUAUUUCAAUCAGACACUAUUAGGACCAAGAAAAGUACGUUUAUAUCUUUUGAUAGGAGGUGUAGUAGGAGCUCCUCAUUUAGUUUUGGUUUUUAUGACAUUGCAGUUUAUGCCACUAGCUGAUGCUUCAGUCAUUCUCUCCAGCACUCCAGUUUUUGUAGGAAUUUUGGCAAAGAUCCUAUUAAAAGAAUCAUUUGGAAUUUUUAAUAUAAUAGCAUUAUUAUUAAGUAUUUUGGGGAUUUUAUUGAUUACUAAAGUUCCUCUGCUCUUAGCAAAUCGAGGAUUUGAUUUUGGUGAAAAUUAUGUUUUAGGAGUAUUCUCAGCAUUGGGUUCUACGUUAAUAAAUGCUGGAUUGUAUAUUUUAGUUCGAAAGAUUAAAGAAGUUCAUCAUUCAGUGGUGAUGUUUAACGUCAGUUGGGUGUCGAUGAUACUAUGUUUGAUGCUUUCCUUUUUCUUCGGUGGAUUCACCAUGCCGCAAUGUGGACUAAAUCAGUGGUUGGUGAUCUUACUAGGAGUUUCCAGCUUCGUGGCACAGUGCCUACUUACUCUGGCAUUGCAGAACGAACAUGCAGCUUCUGUUUCUAUUCUAAGGUCGUGUAUCAUUACUUUUCUUUCUUUCAUUUUUCAAAUAAUUAUUUUUAAUGAUAUUCCUGAUGCAUGCAGCUUAUCUGGUGCAUUCGUAAUUUUAAUUUCAAUUACACUAACCAUUAUGAAUCAAUGGUUGAAAGAACUACCCGAUAAUUCUGAAAUAAAGAAGAAAUUGCCGUCCUUCCUCAUUAGAUAA